AAUUCCCCGGGCCUGCUGACUAUGCCCCAAAGCUCCACCUCCAGUGAGGAUGAGAUGGCCCAGAGCUUUUCCGACUACUCUGAUGAUUGUGCCUCCGAGAGCUCCCGUGAAGAAACCAUCUAUGAGACCAUAAGGGCCACUGCAGAGCCAUCGCAGAACCGCAUGGACGACAUUCACACAAACUCGCUGGUUAUCCGUGUCUUGAUCCCUGACCUGCAGCAGACAAAAUGCAUGCGCUUCAACCCGGAUGCAACGGUCUGGGUUGCCAAGCAGCGGAUCCUUUGUACGCUUAAUCAGAGCCUGAAAGAUGUGCUCAACUAUGGGCUUUUCCAGCCAGCUAGCAAUGGGAGAGAAGGCAAGUUCCUGGAUGAAGAACGCAUCCUCCGAGAAUACCCCCAGCCAAUCAGCAAGGGCGUCCCAGCUCUGGAGUUCCGAUACAAGAGCAGAGUCUACAGACAGCCCAAUGUCGAUGAGAAACAGAUCGCCAAACUUCAUACAAAGGCCAAUCUGAGGAAGUUCAUGGACCUUGUUCAGCAUAAUCAAGUGGACAAAGUGGCCAAGAUGUUGGAAAGAGGCUUUGAUCCCAACUAUCACGAUAGUGACACUGGCGAGAGCCCAUUGACAUUUGCAGCUCACCUGGACAAUGCGGGGGAGAUCAUAAAGGUGCUGAAGAAUGGAGGAGCUCAUUUGGACUUCAGGGCAAAAGAUGGCAUGACUGCUCUUCACAAAGCUGCGAGGUCGAAGAACCAGAUUAUACUCACGACGCUGCUAGAAUUGGGAGCUUCUCCAGACUACAAGGACAGCCGGGGUCUUACUCCCCUGUAUCACAGUGUGGUGGUGGGUGGGGACCCAGGCUGCUGCGAGCUUCUACUGAACCAGCACGCUUCUGUGUGUUGCCAAGACGAGAACGGCUGGCAUGAAGUUCACCAGGCUUGUCGUCAUGGCCACGUGCAGCACCUGGAGCAUCUGUUGUUCUAUGGAGCAGACAUGAGCGCCCAGAAUGCCUCGGGAAAUGCUGCUCUACACAUCUGUGCCCUAUACAACCAGGAUAACUGUGCCAGAGUGCUGCUAGUUCGUGGAGCUGACAAGGAAGUAAAGAACUACAACAGCCAGAGUCCUUUUCAGGUUGCCAUUAUUGCUGGAAACUUUGAGCUUGCCGAGCUCAUCAAGAACCACAAAGAGUCUGAUAUAGUGCCUUUCCGUGAGGCUCCAGCCUACUCCAAACGCAGAAGGGGUCCAUCUUCUGGCGACGGCAGCGGAAACGGCCAGUCGCCCUCUUCGUUAUCAGCGCCACGGGUCCUUCUGCGCUCCAACAGCGAUAACAACCUAACAGUCAGUCAGUACCAGCAGCAGCAGCACGGUUCUCCUGGCAACUGGGCCCCCCAUCUGCAGCAGCACCAACACGCCCAGCACCAAUCACACCGGGCGCCCCAGCAGGGUCACUCACAGCCUGGCUCCUCAGCAUUACAUCGCAGCCUGUCACCCCAGCUGCUCCAGCAGAUGCCCAGCGGCAGCCCCAAUGGAAAUGUGGUGGUUCGGACCAUGGGGAGAGGCGCGAGGAGCCGGUCACCCUCCCUCAGCCGGCUGGGGGAGGAGGCCAGACGGGCUGCACCUUCACAGCGCCAACCAAGCCCCAGCAGUCAUGGAGAGGCAGUUGGAACCAGAAGGAAGCUGUACAGUGCAGUUCCAGGAAGACACUUCGUAGUGGUUCGUUCGUAUACAGUCCAGGCCGAGGGGGAGAUUAACCUCUACAAGGGCGACAGGGUCAAAGUUCUGAGCAUCGGAGAGGGGGGUUACUGGGAGGGCAGUGCCCGUGGCCAGGUGGGCUGGUUUCCAGCCGACUGCGUGGAGGAGAUCCCAGCCAAAGCCACAGAGGAGAGGAACUAUUCCCGAGCAGACCGUGCUGACAGACGGAAGCUCUUCAGGCACUACACUGUGGGCUCCUAUGACAGCUUUGAUGCUUCAAGUGACUGCGUGGUGGACGAGAAGACGGUGGUGCUGCAGAAAAAGGAGAAUGAGGGAUUUGGCUUCGUCCUGCGUGGGGCAAAAGCGGAUACGCCCAUUGAGGAGUUUACUCCCACACCUGCCUUUCCAGCCCUGCAGUACCUGGAGUCUGUGGAUGAGGGAGGAGUGGCGUGGCAAGCAGGACUUAGGACGGGGGACUUCCUCAUCGAAGUGAACCAGGAGAAUGUGGUGAAGGUGGGCCAUCGACAGGUGGUCAACAUGAUCCGCCAGGGAGGCAACCGGCUCCUGAUUAAGGUGGUGACAGUGAGCCGGAAUCUGGACCCCGAGGACACAGCACGCAAAAAAGCUCCUCCACCUCCAAAGAGAGCCCCCACCACAGCCCUGUCAAUGCGCUCAAAGUCGAUGACGUCUGAACUCGAGGAACUCGUGGAUAAAGCCACUCUAAGGAAAAAGAAAGGUGAUGCGCAGAAGAAGAGGAUUGUUUUCCAAGUCACUCUAAACAAAGUAGAAGAGAUGACCCAUGCCCAGAAGACAUCGCCUGUUGACAUGAAGAUAGCCACAAUUAAACCACGCCCAUCCAGUCGCUGCUUGGUUACGCCAACUGAUAUGAAUUCCUUGUAUCAUGACCGCCAAGGAGUAGCUGUGGUGCCACCCACUGUGCCAGGAGCCUUCCUGGGGAUACCUGAGAAGGGCACUAUGAAAAAGCAAAAGUCCAUAGGUACAUCGGAGGAUGAGAAACAGGGAUUCCUCACACCUCCCCUACUCAAGUUCGCACGCAGUCUCUCUAUGCCUGACACCUCAGAGGACAUCCCUCCUCCCCCAGCCAUUUCACCCCCUUCACCACCUGCCUACAACUCAGCUGCUGGACCUACACCCAAGAGCUAUGGCACAACACGACCAAGCUUUACCCAAAACUCGCCCAAUGCAGUGACGACCAUAAGCCGGACCACCGACGUCGGUACAUUGAGGCGUGGCUAUUUCCGUCAGAGCUCUGAGCACUUUGAGAGCACACGAACUCGGGGGCGUACGCCAGUGCCUGAGAACCCGUAUUCAGAGGUGGGCAAUAAGACGCUGUAUGUGCCAGCAAAACCAGCCCGAAGGAAGGGUAUGUUAGUAAAGCAGUCUAACGUGGAAGACAGCCCAGAGAAGACGUGUCACAUGCCAACAAGUCCAUCAGGCCCAGUUUCCAUGCCUACUACGCCUGUAGAAAGAACAUGCUCCUCUAUCCCUAUUCCCACCAUCAUUGUAAAGGAGCCAUCCACUAGCAGCAGUGGCAAGAGCAGUCAGGGUAGCAGCAUGGAAAUUGAGCCUACAACCCCUGAACACCCGCCUCUCACACCUGCUGUUGGUGGAAGUGGAGGUUUACGCCCUGAAGACCCCCUUUCACUAAGCAACCCCUUUGCAGCAGCUAUUGCUGGAGCAGUACGGGACCGCGAAAAGAGGCUCGAGGCAAAAAAGAACUCGAUUGCCUUCCAGUCAAUAGAUAUCGGGGAUGACGACUUGAGUGGUCCCACGCCAACCCCUCGCCUUCGCCAGUCCAAGUCCAUCGAUGAAGGCAUGUUUAGCAGCGACGAGCGUCUUCAAAGGAUAUUAGCCCCUCCUUUGGCAAAGCAGCUCGGUCGCCCUGUUGGUGGCGGUAGUGGAAAUAUGACAGAUUUCAACACUCCUGAGCCCACAGUUGUUCGGGAGCCACUAAACACUAGAACAGGGCAGUGUCCCAACCUGGACAGUCCUGUUAGCCUCCCAGCCACUCCUCCUAAGAGCCACUACAGGGCCAAUGGAACCUACCUCCAUCCUGUCACUGGCAAGCCGUUGGACCCUAAUUCUCCACUAGCUCUGGCCCUUGCAGCUCGUGACCGGGCCAUGAAAGAGCAACAAAACCAUCCUCAGAAUCAGUCCCAAAAUAAUCCUCAGGUUCAACAACCCCCCAAGCAUGAAGCCCAGUCGCUGCCAGUUCAGCAAAGUCACAAACCUGACCUCAACCAGCCUCUAUUUAUUGACACCAAACUCCGCUCUGGAAUCGAGACGAGUUUUGCUGCAAUCUCCACAGCAACAAUGGGACGGCCUGGCCGAGGUGGCCUUCAAAGACAAAUGACAGAGCAGAAGUACGAGUCUGACGGAGCACGGGAAGAACGGCAGCAUCAGGCACUUGAAGAGAGGAAAAGCGCACCAGCAGAUGUGGCAGACACGUCACAGCCCAAGUCAGCUGGAUUACUGAUGGUUCACACCAGCACAGACGUAAGCAACAAGGUGAACAACCAAGAGGCCGAGGGGCAGGACAGCAACCGACCGUCUGAGCUGAAAGAUCCAAACCAGCCUGAUCCUCUUAGUUCUUCAACACUGUCCACUCCACAGCCACCCACAUUAAGGAGGAGGAGCAUUCCUUUAGGCGAAUCCAUGGACGAACCUGUAAAACUGCCCUUUCGCAUCCCUCCUCCCCCUCUGGCCUCAGUUGACAUUGAUGAAGAAUUUGAGUUCUCAGAACCCCUCCCCCCACCUCUGGAGUUUGCAAACAGUAUUGACAUUCCUGAUGACCAGGCUAGUGCCAUUGCAGAGAUGAUUCAGCAACAGAGACGGAAUGGGGGGCCUUCUCUACCCCCAUACCACCCUCACGCCCCACCACCUGUCACUGAUCAACACAGAAGGAUGGCAAACAAUAUGCCCCUCUCGUAUCCCCCUCCACCUGACCCAGAAUCAGGGGUAGGUGACUCAGGCAUUGAAGAGGUGGACAGCCGCAGUAGUGGGGAUCCUCAGCACAUGGAGACCACCAGCACAGUGUCGAGCAUCUCCACCCUGUCAUCAGAAGGAGGCUUCUGUGACAGUGCUUUGGAGAGCCUCUAUGCCACUCCAGACGGUCACGCCUUCCUGGUGGAUCGGCCCCCUGUGCCACCAAAGCCCAAGAGCAAGUCUGUCAUUAAUAGAACGUCACUUUAUCACGAUGCUCUCAUUGAAGAGCCACCAGAGUCUUAUGGGUCACCGCCUCAGGCCCCUCCUCCCUCGUCCUCUGAACCUCCUAGGACUCCUACUCAAAGGACCUCCAAGCUGUGGGGUGAUCAGCCCCCUGAGCUACGCAGCCCCCCAUCCACACCAGACUCCAAGAACACAGUUAUCACUGAGCUGAGCACCAUUCUACAGCAUAUGAAUCGCGACAGGCCAACCAAGCCAGGAGAAAGCCUUGACUCCCCAACAGGCACCAGAGGGGGCUUCGGAACAAGGCCUCCUACCGAUGACUCAGGAAUGCGUAACAAUGCUGCCGCCGCUACCACCCUCACCUCCACCCCUCCCAGCAGUCUCCCAUCCCAGACGCACCCCUGCAGCCCUCCAGACUCGGCGUCCUCCCUCACCCCCUGCUCUUCACUGCCUCCCUCUGUGUCGCCCACCCUCACGGACGUCUUCGGCCUGCCAACCCCACCUUUGGGCAGUGGCGGCGGCUACAGCCUGAGCUCCUCGUGUGGCGGCAGCGGGAGCUCGCGCUCUCCAUCUCCACUUACGCUGAUGCAGGCCGUGGCAGCCUCGGGCAAGCCUUUCGCCUCCAAACCCAUGGAGCUGUGGAGCAAGCACGACGUGGCGGACUGGCUGGAGAGUCUCAACCUGGGGGAGCACAGGGACGCUUUCCUGGACAAUGAGAUCGAGGGCGCUCAUCUGCCCUCGCUGCAGAAGGAGGACCUGAUAGACCUGGGCGUGACAAGAGUGGGCCACCGCAUGAACAUCGAGAGGGCCCUCAAGCUGCUGCAGGACAGACAAGCCCCGAGGUGACGGGCUGGCGACGUGUGGAGUCAGGGCCAAGGAGAGGGAGGUGUCACGAAUCACUUUUACCAAUCUCUUCAUCAGACAUAAUCUCAAGACGUGGAACCGGGUGGAAGUUUUGUCCAAGCUGAUGCUGCCUCUUGCUGUGUUUGUCUCCUCCCAUCCUCCGCUGUCGGCCUCAUCUCAGUGCUCCGGUGUUGUUCGCCCUCUUCCUGCUUCCCACUGUCCUGAGCAUCAGGGGAUCAUGGGAUGUUUGGGGGAAGUGCAGGGGGAGAAAGAAGAGAAUAGCUGCUAUGUCAAAUCAAGGCGAGAGAAAGGAGGACAGUGUGUGGGACUGUAAAGAAAACAACAUGUUCUGGAAACACUGGGAAAAAACACUUGUCUGGAAGUUUCUUCACACAAAGACUCGUGGUCACCUGACUGCUUUGGAUACUCAAGACUUUUUCCAUACACCCCGGUGUGGGUGCAUGAAAACCCAGCUGAGCUGGUCGUUGCUCCUUUUCUAUCUUUGCUAGAGUUUGUUCAGAGAAUAUUUCUUCACUAGAGUCCUACCGGAGUUAUAUUUCUGGGUGCAUCUAAGGUUGUAGAGAACAAUUUGAGAUAGACUUCAUUUUUGUUCUUUUUUGUUCUUUUUUGCUUUUCACCUGUUUGUGUCAAAACAACAGCAUUUGCUGACAUGUUUAACUAAUACUAAACCAUAUCCACACACACACACACACACUUUCUGCACAGUGCCACAAGCUGACGAAUGAGAUUUCACACCGUCUUUACAUCCUGAGCACUCACACACGUGUAGUUACUGCGAUGGCCUUCUUCCCUGACAAAGAUCAAAGUGUGGGUCACCAGAGGAGGCGCUGCGCCCGAGCUUGGUCCGUGAAGUCCUACGGCAGUCCGCACCUGCUCGGUGUCCACCUCGUGACUCAAGAAAAACCAAGGUGAGGAUGCAGGAUGGACGUGCAGAUGUUGGAACAGGAAUGGUUGUGCCAGCUUCGCUGAGAGUGCGUCCUUCUCCUCUCUCGGUUUUUCCUUUCCUACUUCUGUGUGCAUGUGUGUGUGUUAAUAGUUCACCCAAAAUAUCAUUAAGGUCCAUUUAACUAUCUAUGAAUCUGCUAUAUAGGGCACUUAUAGGGAAACUCAAAGUGUUACUUUUUGUAUUUUUACCAUCAAAUCUUCUUCACUUACAGCAGGUCGGCACCUGCCCACAGUAUGGCCCACAGUAACGUACCCGACACCCUGUGUGUAAGUGGCAGAACAGAGUGGUUAUUACACUGUGUGUUUCUAGCAUUCGUGCAUUAUUUUGGGAAAUCCACUUACUCGCUUUCUUGCUGUGAAAUAGAAAGAUCAAUAUCGCUCUCUUACUGGUUGCUGAGAGCUGGAGUGAAAUGCAAAACAUCCAUCCACCUGUUUUAUGCACACUUUCAAUGAGAGCAGAAGAUACGACACAUCGAUACGCAUAAAUACACAUUUAUUCAAACAAAGGAAAAAUAUCGACCAAAAAUCUAGCCCCAAUGAUGCGUGUGGUCUAAACCUUACUAAGCUUCCACUGUGUGGGACGAUGAGAAGAUGGUCAAGUUUUUCACAUGAGUUUGACUUUCAACUGGAACAUUUCAAGAGACAGACUGUCUUUCACAAACUGCUCAGCUUUGCUACUUUGUUAAAUGUACUGCAGAUAGUGCUGACAGGAUUCUUACACUGGAUCCAAGCUAGGAGACAUCACCCUGUAGUUUGUUUAUCAGAGGUGUGGACUCGAGUCACAUGACUUGGACUCGAGUCAUUAAUUUUAUGACUUUAGACUUGACUUGAAAAAAUGUUCUAAGACUGUGA